AUGAUUAACGAGCGUGACGACGUGCUUGAGGGCUACGCGCUGGAGCUGAUCAACGAUGACGGAGGUUGCGAUAUAGCUGACCGUGCAAGAAUCAGUCUUGUGCGGCGUAUUAUCGCCGAGAGGGGCCACAGGGCCGUGGUAGGGAUCAUCGGUCCUGGCUGUUCCACCUCCUCGUUAGCAGUGUCUGUCCACACCAGCCAUCCGGAGAUCGCCCUCCUAAACCUGCACCUUGCCGGAACCCCGUUACUGGAAGACCGCUCGCAGUUCGGCUAUGCAGUUGGAUUGUUAGGAACCUCGUACGCAUUUGUUCAUGCUGCGGCAGCGCUAAUGAGUGAAGGUAACUGGACGCGGAUAGCUGUAUUGUACGACGAUGAACGGGUAUUCUUCCUAUCAACGUAUCAGGCCCUGGAAAGAGAUCUCCAGAAGUAUGUUCCAAAUGCCUCUAUUGCCUAUACGAGUGCUGUGUACGACACCUACUUUCCUCUGUCUGAUAUAGUGGCGCUUGAUAUACGUGUAAUCAUUGUUCUGACUGGCUUAGAGUUUGCACAUAAAAUCAUGUGCCUUGCUUCGUAUAACGAAAUAACGUACCCAAGAUAUCAGUGGGUAUGGAUGAAUAGGAAUGUUUCUGAGUUUAAUGACACGCUGCUAUUCGCAUAUGACUCCAGGGAAUACGUUUGCUCCUAUGAAAACUUGCAGUCUGCACUGUACAACAGCAUCUUUGUGAACUAUGUGCUACAAAGACAUGACGAAGAACUUACAAAAGCACACAUCACAUACCAACAGUAUUGGGACAUGUACAAUCACCUGGUGGAACUGUACAACAAUAACCAGUCAAUGUACGAAGCACCAGGGGACCCCAGCGCAGUCGUGCAAACAAAUGUGUAUGCAACACUAGUGUUUGAUGCCAUAUGGGCUAUUGCUCUUACUCUUAGCAAAGUUGAACCCUUUGUCAACUUGACUGCAUAUGGACUGGGUCUAGGCCAGACUGAGGAAUCAGAUAUCAUUAGGGACAUCCUCUACAACAAUGAAUUUCAAGGAAUAUCUGGUCCCAUACAUUUCAAUGCUUCAAGUGGCUACACUGAAAGAACAAUAGAAGUUGGCCAAGGCCUUACAAAAAAUGGUUAUCAACUGAUUGGUUAUAUUGAAGGAGAAAGUUUUAAAUUCAAUGUUGUUUCUACACCUGUCCUUGUACCGGGGGAGUUUCAAGAACGAGGCCUAGAAGUGGUGAAUUCUGGAAUUGCUGCCUUCUUUUCCAUAAUCACACUCCUGAUUACGUCACUAACUGUCAUUGCACAUGUCUUUACGACAGUAAACCAUAUGCACCCUUCUGUUAAAGCCCAAAGUCCAAAACUGAACCAAAUAUCCUACUGCGGAGCUUACCUUUUCUCAGUUGGGACACUGCUAAGUAUAGUAUACAAAGCAGUAACUUUGGAGCCCGACACUUACGGAGCCUUUUGUCAAGCAAUUUGGGCUUGGUUUUUCUCCAUUUCAUUUUCAGUGUUCUUUGCUCCGAUAUGUGCCCGCACAUGGAGACUCUACAGGAUUUUCACUCACUACCUUAAUCCAGGGCCGCUAAUAUCAGACCAAGUGUUGCUUUCGUUCAUUGGUGUAUGUGUGAGCUUUGACAUAUUGCUGGCAACUGUGUGGACCAUAUUAGAUCCCUUUAGAGGGGAGGAAUACCGUGACGAUAUCAGUGUAAGUGGAGACUUCUCCAGUCGACUUGGCUGCUACUGUGAGCACACUGCCAUCUGGUUCUCUGCAGUCUAUCUUCUGAAAAUAACCCUUCUGCUUGCAACAGUGCUAAUCUCAGUUCUCACUCGGGAUAUAUCAAACGAGAAAUUCAAAACGUCCUAUCUUCGAGUGUUUGUUUAUCUCUUUGCUCUAACUUGGAUAAAUGGAUUACUUCUGUACUAUUUUCUUAGCUACCAAGGCUUGGACAUUCACGUUGAUUACAUAGUGCUGGCGGUAAUGUGCAAUGCAUUACUUUUCUUUGCUCUGAUCGUAUUCGUCCCACCAAUUUACCCCCUGGUGAAAGAAAAAGUACCCACAUCUCUCAAGACGGUCAAAUACCACAUGAGUUUGCCAGGGAUAACCAAUUCAUUAGAGCCAAGUUCACCAGCAAACUCUGAUGUGCCUCUUCGUUUUGACCAAACUAACUGUGAUUUCUGA